AUGGAUUUCCUCUUCGGGCGUAAGCCCGCGGUGCAGCCUGUCCCAGGAGACCGGGUGCUUCCGCUGCAUUUCUUCGAGAACAGCCCAUUGGUCCAGGGGAAUAACAUGGCCGUGUCGCUUGUGUUCGACGCGGUUCUUGACCCGGAAAAGUUGCGGACGUCCCUCGAGGGCCUGGUCAAGCAGGAUGGUUGGCAGCGACUGGGAGGACGGCUGAGGAAGAACGCUGCGGGCAAGAUUGAAUGGCAUAUCCCAGCGGAAUUCACUGCGGACAGACCUGCCAUCUCCUUCGCACACGUCGACCAUGGCAUGCCGGCGGCUUCUCAUCCGGCAGCCUCUCGCAUCCCAAAGCCCCAGCCGGUCCCCGCCAUUGUCGGAGACCCUGACGACCUAGAAGCCUUGGCGUGGGAGCCAGGCUAUAAGCCUGGCGGAAUUAGUGACUACCUCACCUCUGACCGGCCUGUUUUGGGACUGCGGGUCCAUUCCUUCACGGACAAGACUAUUGCCGUCCUGCAGUGGCAGCAUGUUGCCUUCGAUGCUCUGGGCUUGCAGUACGUCGUCGAAGGCUGGAGCGCCAUGCUCUGGGGCAGAUCCGAGGACAUCCCCGUCCCAUGCAAGGUCGACACGGACCCGUUCGACGCACUGGCCCAGGGCUCUCGUCCCGCCACAGAAGAGCAUCUUCUCGCGGGCCGGAGAGUCGGACUAGGAGGCAUGCUCAAGUGGGGACUCGGAUAUGGGUUUGACAUGCUGGUGCGAGCCAAGGAGAACCGCAUGGUCUGUGUUCCUGAGACGUUCUGGCGCCCGCAGAUGGAGAAGGCCUUGGAGGAGCUUCGCGUUGAAGCAGCAGCUCAGGGUGAAGACGUCUCGAAGGUGUUUUUGACUGAGAACGAUGUUUUGACUGCGUGGAUUCUGCGCUGCGUUGUGGGCCAGAUGGGGAUGGCUCCCAAUAGGACGGUCGCAGCAUCCCUCGCCAUGUCCCUCCGCAAAGCCUUCGAAGGCGACCUGAUACCCGCCUCCGCCGAGCACCCUUACGUAGGCAACGCCUUCGGCUGGGCCAACGUCCUAGUCACAGCCGGCGACAUCACCUCCAAGCCAUUGAGCUGGCUUGCGCGACAAGUCCGAAAGGCGAUCAACGAGCAAGGCACGCGCGCCCAACACGAAGCGUACUACGCGCUUGUGCGCACGGGAGCCGGCCUGCCGAUCGUCAUCUUCGGGGAUGGCGGCAUGGCGCAGGUUGGCUUCUCCAAUUGGAAUAAGGCUGGGCUGUUUGAUUUGGAUUUUUCGCCUGCGCGCGUAGACCACGAUGGUAAGACUGGUGGUGGUGGGCCGUGUCGGCCAUCAUAUGUGCAGGAGAAUCAUGGUCCUAUCAAGCCUGCGGAUGGGUUCUUUAUUUUUGGGAAGGAUGAGAAGGGGAAUUAUUGGACUUCGGCGUGUAAGGUUAAGGGGCAGUGGGAGAAGUUCCAGGAGCAGUUGACUAAGGAUUUUGAGGUGGAGACUUAG